GUACCAUCGAAUGCACGUUCUUUUCAUCAUUUAAAACAACAACGCGUGUAGUAAAAUCUUAAUUUUUCCCUUGACUGCUGCACUGGAAAAUGACGCCGAAGCCCUAUUUCGACGAAAACCACCAUGUUCUGCCUUUCGACAAGGUCAUGGAACUCGAGAAGAUUGACGACCGCACAUUUCGAUCAAUUGUGAAGGCCUACUCUCCGACUGGUGGAGAGAAUGGAACCUAUGGAGGACACGUAUAUGCGCAAGCUGCAUGGGCAGCAGCUCAAACGAUCUCCGAGGGAUUUCUACUCCAUAACAUCACGGGCUGGUUCAUAUUAGGUGGGAAGCCAAGCGAACACUUUGUUUAUACUGUUCACAAGAUCCGUGAUGGCUAUAAUUAUUGUACACGUUCUGUGACGGUAACCCAAGUCGCGGAAAAGGGGACCAUGUUCACGUGUACUUGCUCGUUCAAACGCGAUGAGCCAUCAUCUGUAGAUGUCCAAGAUACCGUCAAGAUCGAAGAGCGCUUCAAGGAAGUGCUAGGAGGGAAAGAAAACGAGCCGAUGGAACACCCAAAUGCGCCGUCCCAGGAUUCUGAGUGGUUUCGCGAGACGUAUCUCCCUACACAUCCCGAGCAUUUCAAUCCUGUGGCGGGGCUGCAUCUUCGCAAAGUCGACAUGAAAAAGUAUAACGAAAACAAAGCGGCAAUUGACCGGAGACAACUUAUCUUGUACACAUUGCGCGGAGCAUUGCCACUACCCACGGCACCAUAUCCGCCGACCCUAUCAGCAAACUUGACUGUCACAAGAGAAGCGAAUUUACAUGCCUGCGCCCAUCUCUAUGCGUCAGAUAGGAACUCUCUGUUCAUUAUUCCCAACCACCUGAAGCGCAGCCGGGAAUGGACACGCAUGGCCUCUCUUUCGCAUACUGUUAUCUUUCACGUUGGCAUAAGAGAUCUGGUUCUCCCACCAGAGCCGCGAAUCAGUCACCCCAAUGCGGAUCCAACAUUGUUCGACGAGGGCUCAACUCCACUUUGUAAUUUCGGUGACAUUUCGCCUGAUGAGAAGGACGGGGAUGGUCGGAAAUGGUACAUGCAAGAAUCUUGGGUGUCGAGAGCGGCUGGAGGGAGAGGAUUGCAUAUGAGCCGCUUGUGGGACUACAAGAAAGGCACACACAUCGCUAGUACGAUACAAGAUGGGCUGAUUAGAUUUGAAUCUAAGACUAAGCUAUGAAC